GGGAAAGAAGUCCCCGCCCCAAGCCUGCUCUACCGGACACCCGGCCCCUCUCGCUGUUCCCCUUUUCCUAGGACCCCGAGCGCCUGGGCUCGUCCUCUCCGGUGCCCGCUGCCGGGAUCGGAUGCCAGGGCGGGCAGGCAAGGAGCACCGCGCUGGGGCCUUUGGGAACAAGCGGGAGACUCCGGUGGGCGACGGACUCUGGGGCUUGGUCAGCUGCGGGGGAAUAGGAUAGAUGGUAGUGUGCCCUGGGCUCUGACCGUCUCUCUUACCAUGAGGUGGAGCCACCCUUUGCCCAGGACCUUAUGGGGCCUGGGUCUGGGAAGAGCAUUCCAGCCAGCAGAUGAACAUAUCCCCUUCCUGAUCCACUGGAUUUGUGCACUUAAAGGGGAGUGUCCCCUUGGGCCCCAUAGAGCCCUUAUACGCCACCAUGGAAGCUCAGUGGGCAGCCGGCCCCCAUCAGGGAGGCAUGAGCAGUUGUUCCGGAGCACCCCUGCCGCUGAAGCCAUCCAGCAGCACCGCCGGAACCUGGCCGAGUGGUUCAGCCGGCUGCCCAGGGAAGAGCGCCAAUUUGGCCCAACAUUUGCACUAGACACUGUCCAUGUGGAUCCUGUGAUUCGCGAGAGCACCCCCGAUGAGCUACUUCGCCCACCUUCGGAGCUGGCCCUGGAGCAUCCGCUGCCCCCGGCCAGGCUCCCCACACUCGCCCUGUCUCAACUCUUUGACCCAGAUGCCUGUGGGCGCCGGGUUCAGACAGUGGUUCUGUAUGGGACAGUGGGCACAGGCAAGAGCACAUUGGUGCGCAAGAUGGUCUUGGACUGGUGUUACGGGCGGCUGCCAGCCUUUGAGCUGCUCAUCCCCUUCUCCUGUGAGGACCUAUCAUCCCUGGGUCCUGCCCCGGCCUCCUUGUGCCAACUUGUGGCCCAGCGCUACACACCCCUGAAGGAGAUUCUGCCCCUGAUGGCCACCACUGGGUCUCGCCUACUCUUUGUGCUCCAUGGCUUAGAGCAUCUCAACCUUGACUUCCGGCUGGCAGGCACAGGGCUUUGCAGUGAUCCUGAGAAGCCAGAGGCACCAGCUGCCAUCAUAGUCAAUCUGCUGCGCAAAUACAUGCUGCCUGAGGCCAGAAUUCUGGUGACUACCCGUCCCUCUGCCAUUGGCCGCAUCCCCAGCAAAUAUGUGGGCCGCUAUGGCGAGAUCUGUGGCUUCUCUGAUACCAACCUGCAGAAGCUCUAUUUUCAACUCCGCCUCAACCAGCCAGACUGUGAGCACAGUGCCGGGGGUAUGGGUGUCUCAGCUACGCCAGCUCAGCGUGACAACCUGGUAGAGAUGCUCUCUAGGAACCUGGAAGGGCACCACCAGAUCGCCGCUGCCUGCUUCCUGCCCUCCUAUUGCUGGCUUGUCUGUGCCACUUUGCACUUUCUGCAUGCCCCUACACCAGCUGGACAGACCCUCACAAGCAUCUACACCAGCUUCCUGCGCCUAAACUUCAAUGGGGAGAUGGUGGACAGCACUGACCCCUCUAAGUUGUCCCUGAUGGCCUAUGCAGCCCGAACCAUGGGCAAGUUGGCCUAUGACGGGGUAUCUUCGCGCAAGACCUACUUCUCUGAAGAAGAUGUCCAUGGCUGCCUGGAAGCUGGCAUCAGGACAGAAGAGGAGUUUCAGCUGUUGCAUGUCUUCCGCCGGGAUGCCCUGAGAUUUUUUCUGGCCCCAUGUGUGGAGCCAGAGCACCCGGGCACCUUCGUGUUUACUGUGCCUGCCAUGCAGGAAUAUCUUGCUGCCCUCUACAUUGUGUUGGGUUUGCGUAAGACAACUCUGCAGCGGGUGGGCAAGGAAGUGGCUGAGCUCGUGGGCCGUGUUGGGGAGGACGUCAGCCUGGUAUUAGGCAUCGUAGCCAAGCUGCUGCCCUUGCGGGUCCUGCCUCUGCUCUUCAACUUGCUUAAGGUGGUUCCACGAGUGUUUGGGCACGUGGUGGGUAAGAGCCGCGAGGCAGUGGCCCAGGCCAUGGUGCUGGAGAUGUUCCGAGAGGAGGAUUACUACAAUGACGAUGUCCUGGACCAGAUGGGUGCCAGUAUUCUGGGCAUGGAGGGCCCCCGGUGCCACCCAGAUGAGCCCCCUGAGGAUGAGGUCUUUGAGCUCUUCCCCAUGUUCAUGGGAGGGCUUCUCUCUGCUCAUAACCGGGUCAUGCUGGCUCAGCUUGGCUGCCCUAUCAAGAACCUGGAUGCCCUGGAGAAUGCCCAGGCCAUCAAGAGGAAGCUGGGCAAGCUGGGCCGGCGGGUGCUGCCCCCCUCAGAGCUCCUUGACCACCUCUUCUUCCACUACGAGUUCCAGAAUCAACGCUUCUCUGCUGAGAUGCUCAGCUCCCUGCGCCAGCUCAAUCUGGCGGGAGUGCGCAUGACACCCCUCAAGUGCACAGUGGUAGCAGCUGUACUGGGCAGUGGAAAGCAUGUCUUGGAAGAGGUGAACUUGGCCUCCUGCCAGCUGGACCCUGCUGGGGUGCGCACACUCAUGCCUGUCUUCCUGCGUGCCCGGAAACUGGGGUUGCAACUCAACAGUCUGGGCCCUGAGGCCUGCAGGGACCUCCGAGACCUGCUGCUGCAUGACCAAUGCCAAAUUACUACCCUGCGGCUGUCCAACAACCCGCUGACGGCUGCAGGUGUGGCUCUGCUGGUAGAGGGGCUAGCAGGAAACACCUCACUGACACACCUGUCCCUGCUACACACGGGCCUUGGGGACGAGGGCCUGGAACUGCUGGCUGCCCAGCUGGACCGUAACCAACAACUACAGGAGCUGAACGUGGCCUACAAUGGCGCUGGCAACACAGCGGCCCUGGCCCUGGCCAAGGCUGCCUGGAAGCAUCCUUCCCUCGAGCUGUUGCACCUCUACUUCAAUGAGCUGAGCUCAGAGGGCCGCCAGGUCUUGCGGGACUUGGGGGGCACUGCUGAAGGCGGUGCCCGGGUUGUGGUAUCACUGACGGAGGGGACAGCAGUGUCCGAGUACUGGUCGGUGAUCCUCAGUGAAGUCCAGCGGAACCUCAACAGCUGGGAUCAGGGCCGGGUGCGGCGCCACCUUGAGCUAUUGCUGCAGGAUCUGGAAGAUAACCGAGGAGCCACUCUUAAUCCCUGGCGCAAGGCCCAGCUGCUUCGAGUGGAGGGAGAGGUCAGGGCCCUCCUGCAACAGCUGGGAGGCCCUGGAAGCUGAAACAGUGGCAGCAGGCACCUAGCUGUGUGACCUGUGGCCCCAAACCCCUUCCCUCUGGGGCCUCCUGGCUUGCACUACUACUUCUAGAAAAAUCCCUUCAGAGUUGGAGGCAAAGGAAUGGGCACAGCUGUGUUAGUGGCACUCCUGGAACAUGUCCAACCAAUACUCCCCAGCCUGGAAUUUCCAGGGUCAUGGAACAUGCCUCCUCUCCCUUGGUUUAGAAGGACCGAAGGAUGUGGCAUUUUGGUGGCCAAGUUGCCUUGUAGCACCACCACCAACUUUGCCUUCCUCCGCUCAAGGAGACUUGGUGCCACCAGGUGGCGCACUUCUUAAUCGGCCUUGCCAGGGAUGUUGCUGGAGGACUUCCACCUCCCGCUUUUCUGCUUUCUGUGGACACUGAGAAUGCCCGUAGCCACUUUCUUCUCUAAUUGGUGCUUUCUCCUCAGCCUCAUGCUCCCUUACCCCAAUGGUACCUGUGCUCUUUGGCCCCUAGGGACAUGUGUGCUGACUUGCUGCUAUUAAAAAAAAAAACUGUGUCUUCCA